AUGGACGUGCUCCACCCACCUCCAUCUGCAGGACCCUCUGUAUCACGACUUCCACCUCUGACUCUAAGUAACCCGAGUAUGGUGAAAGAACACACACCGUGCACUCUUCAUCCGUCUGUGUUACCUCCAGAGCUAGCUUGCCGACUGUUCUACACCAUGCUCGCCGAAGCACGAGAUUGGAAACGAAACAAAUGGUGGCUUUUCGAUCGCCUUGUGGAAUCCCCCCAUCGCACGUCUUUCUUCAUACGCGACACUUUGGGCUCGAGGCCGGAAGAUCAAGCAUGGUUGAAAGUGACACAGUUCUGGUAUAAUGGGCGCGAAACGGACCCUCCAUCAAAGUUUCCGUCAGCCAUGGAGGAGGCUUGUUCAAUCAUUGAGAAUGUAGUCAACGAGGAGAUGCGCACUAGGGAACGCCUUCCUCUCGAGUGGGCCGGUGUACCAUCAUCGGCGAGUGACGAACCUAUCUGGCGAGCCAAUUUCGCUGCAUCGAAUCUUUACGAAGGAGCGAAAGAGGGUGUUGGCUUCCAUUCUGAUCGUCUAACGACUCUCGGCCCUUAUCCUACGAUUGCAAGCCUCAGCCUAGGGACUCCGAGGGUAUUUCGCCUUCGCGACGUCGUUCCCGUGGACGAGAAAGAGAAGCGUACUGCACGGACAUACAACAUACCUCUCUCACAUAAUUCACUCGUGAUCAUGCACGCUACCGCGCAAGAGCGGUUCAAGCAUUCUAUCCCUCCUCAAAACACUCUCGAUCGUUUCCAUCCACAAUUUCCACCACCGUCAUCCUUACCCAGCAUCAGUUUUGACCCGUCAAAUUGUCGGAUUAACAUAACUUUCCGCUUUUAUCGCCCCGACUAUCAUCCCGACACCAUCCCUAAAUGCAAGUGCGGUAUACCGACGACCUUGCGGCCUGACAUGAAGAUGCUGAAGAAGGGUGCGCAAGGGCUAGGACAAUAUCGCUACUGGUGGACAUGUGCCGCAGGUGACCAGAAUGAGGGAAAAGGAUGUGGGUUCUGGAAGGUCAUGGACGCUGAAGCAGAAGGGAGGGGGCCCUUUGCGAAGGAUAUGCUUCCCUCUGUGUCAAGUCGAUGA